UUUACACGGUGGAGAAGCAGAGACCUGCAGAGACCUGCAGAGCCCCAGAGACCCUCAGUCUGAACGCGGAAACGGCGGAGGUCGGUGUAAGAGCGAGAAGGCAACCGGACACCGGCGGUGUGAGCCGAGAUGGAGAGUGAGGAUGAUAGUGUACUCCGGUCUCGCUGCCGAGCCAUUCCUAAGCUGCCCCCCUUCCCUGAUCUGGACAGCUCUCUGGAUGGGGAUUGUGAUCAGGGACAACACCAGCAAGACAGUGGAGACAACCACAUUACCAGCAAUGGAAAAAUUGAAGUGGAGCAGGUGAUCAGCAAAAAGCUACAACUGAAAAGGAAAGCAGAGUACCUGAAGAGUGACCUGAUGCGUCAGUUUGACAGCCAGGUUAAUGACUUCAUGGAUAGUCUUAUCGAGGAGUCUGCGAGCCUGGAGCCUGCGCCUGUACCUGCUGUCUUCUCACCUCCGCUCUCCGACAAGGAGAGGAGCAAACUCAGGCAUUUCCGGCCACCUCAUGGUCAAGGCAAGCACUUUGUCAGUCGCAGGUCCCUUUUAGAUGAGCUGUUUGAGGUGAACCACAUCAGGACUAUCUACCACAUGUUUAUUGCCCUGCUCAUUCUCUUUAUCCUCAGUACAUUGGUGGUAGACUUCAUUGAUGAAGGCAGACUGGUGCUGCACUUUGACCUGCUGGUCUAUGCGUUUGGACAGCUCCCUCUGGUGGUGUGCACAUGGAUCUGCAUGUUCCUGUCUGUGUUACUGGUCCCCUACACCCUGUUCCACCUGUGGUCGCAGACCCAGUCUGGCUCUUACAGACACCCCAGGUUGUGCAGUUUGCUGUUUGGCUCUGUGUUCCUGCUCUACCAAGCUCUGGGUGUUGGAUUCCUGCCUACAUAUGUGGUGGUGACCAACAGUUUUCCACCUGCGUCAUGUUUCAUCAUCAUCCUGGAACAGGUGCGUCUAAUGAUGAAAGCCCACUCCUUUGUUAGGGAGAACGUACCAAGGGUCCUGACCUGGGCUAAAGAAAAGACCAGCCCAGGUCCAGUGGUCCCUCAGGUCUCUCAAUAUCUCUACUUUCUGUUUGCACCUACUCUCAUCUACAGAGACAAGUACCCCAGGAAUCCAGUGAUCAGAUGGGGCUACGUGGCAACUAAGUUACUUCAGGUACUUGGCUGUCUGUUUUAUGCCUAUUACGUGUUUGUGCGGCUCUGCAUCCCUCAGUUCCGCAGCAGCAGCCUGCAGCUGUUUGAUCUGAGGGCCAUGGUCCUGUGUGUCUUUAACUCCAUCCUGCCAGGAGUGUUGGUUCUCUUCCUGGGAUUCUUUGCCUUCCUCCACUGUUGGCUUAAUGCUUUCGCUGAGAUGCUCCGCUUUGCUGACAGGAUGUUUUACAAGGAUUGGUGGAACUCAACCUCAUUUGCUAAUUACUAUCGCACUUGGAACGUAGUGGUCCAUGACUGGCUGUACUACUACGUGUACCGGGACUUACUGUGGAUGUCUCAGAAACGCUGCAGACCAGCAGCCAUACUGUUUGUGUUCACAGUGUCUGCAGUGGUCCAUGAGUACAUCCUUGCAAUCUGCUUUGGCUUCUUCUAUCCCGUACUCUUCUGCCUCUUCAUGUGCUUUGGAAUGAUGUUCAACUUCAUUCUGCAUGACCAAAGAAAAGGUCCCAUCUGGAACAUAAUCAUGUGGACGUCCCUCUUCCUGGGUCAAGGAGUCAUUAUCUGUCUGUACUCGCAGGAGUGGUAUGCCCAACGCUACUGCCCCCUGAAAGAGCCUUCCUUCCUUGAGUUACUGAAGCCUCGAUCCUGGAGCUGUCAGAGACUGAUGGCAGACUCUGACUUAUAGGCUGUGAUCUACGUUUGGACUACUGCUGAGGAUCAUCACUGAUCGGUCUAAAUUUGACCAGCCUUUCUGUUACUGUCAUAACUUGUCGUCUUCAAGUUUGUUUUAUUUUAUUUGCACUAAGGUCACAACUGAGUCCGUGUAUGACUGUAUGGAGAGAAUUAGCAUGUGCCAAAUUGUUCUUUUCUCUAACAGCAAAGUCACAGUAAUGCCUUACUAAACCUGUUUUAUGUUUUCAGAAACAAACCUAACAAAAUCACAAGUUCACAUGAAAUCAAAUGUGAGCUCUUUUAUUUUUAUGCACUAUUUAUUUUUCAGAUGUAUUCCCCUUACGUUUACCUUUAUCAACUGUGAAACCAGUCCUUGUGCCAAUAUGAUAACAGCAAACAAUAUGGCAGCACAAUACAAAGAAAUACGCAAUACAAAUCACAUAUGCAGUAAUGGUUAAUAUUUAACAGAAUUUGCACUUACUCCUCUAUUACAGAUAACAUUCAGUAUGUUUGGAAAGCCUUCCAAUGUUAUUUAUUUUCACUGCCAAUAAGAUUUAUUUUUGAAAAAUGGCCACUGUUUGCUGAUUUGUUUAAAUCUAUGAGGAACUGUGGCCUCUAUAUUAUAGAUAUAAACUUACAUUUAAUUGUUUUGAAGGGGAAAAUGAAGGUUUUUGGUAUGUUGUGUGUUUGGGGAAGUAUUUUGUAUGGAGUUAAUAUAUUCUGACUGCUGAAUGUUUUUUUGAUGAUUGGAAUAUUUUCAAUUGAACUGGUUUGAACAUACAAAUAGCGCAGUGGUUCCCACCCUGGGGCACCCGACCCUCAUAAGGGGUCUGCAAAGCCACAUGAGGGACAUGAGGCUUUAUAGUUUUUUAGGGGUGUAAAAAAACAUACAUACAUUGUAUAAAUACUGAAAAUUAUAUAAAAAGCAUUAUAUAGAAAUUUCCUAAAAAAAAUAUUAGGAAAAAUCAUCUCAGAUACAAUACUCACAGGAAAUAAUCUGCUCAAAGUUCAUCAAAAUCACUUGUUUUGCACAAUUUUCCUGCAGUUAUUACAUUCUCUAUUCGGGCUAACUGUACAGUUUAUCAGUUAUUCUGUAGUAUUAUUUUUAUGUGGCUGUUAUUAUUGGAAAUAGCUAUGAAAUAUAUCAGUGAGAGGUCAUUAGUUUACUCAGUCAUUAAGGAAAAAGGUUUGGAACUACUGGUCUAAUUUCAUAUAUAGAAAGUUUCAUGUGAACCUAAAUUAUUGUUUUUUUUUUUUUUUUUGUUCUUUGUUUUUUCAUGACCAAUGUUGAGUUAUGAGAAGGUGAAAUCGCUAAAGAAUAACUUACUACUGUAACUGCUGCAGCUGGCUGCUAAAAUAUUGUAACAUUGAAAUAGUGAUGAUACUUGAUUAGCACUAAGGGCUACAGAUUGCUUUGUCAGAUACUGAUUACAUGAAUUUAGACAGUGUUUUGUUGUUCAAAUCAUCAUAUACAUUUUACAGAACAGUGAUGUCCAUGUCAAACUAAUGGAAGAAGGAAUUUACAUGCUCGGUGUGCUUUUAGUUCCUGCGGUCUUGAAAUAAUGUGUUGAUACAUUUGUAUUAUUUUGAGGAAAUUACAAAGUUAAUGCACAGCUCAUGUUGCCAAUUCUGACGAAUUUCGGAGCAGGGAGACUGUAUUUACACUUGUUAAUAAUGAUGCACAAUAUAAAGUAAAAACCAGCAAUGGAAAAAAUCAGCACUUCCAGAAACUGUAUGACCACCACAAGGUGGCACUGUAUUAAAAGCUUUUACUACUGAUCAUCCUCUGCUCAAUUUGGCUGUGAUUUGUGGUCAGGAGUGAGAGAAUUCCCUUACAUAUUUUAUAUUAAAAGUACCAGCAACUUAUUUUUUAAUAUGUACAUAUAAAAACAGAAAUAUUGGAAUGCCCUGUGGUACUUAACUCUUGUGAACUCUGCAUUUGGAUGAAACCUUAAUCUUGCUUUAUGCAUUUGUUAAUUUUGUCAGUGAGGAUAAAAUUUAAAGUUCUGCGAAGAGCCAAUCUGCAGAAAUGCUGUCCAUAUGAAAGAGAUAUUUAUUUUUGGUAGCAGAGCUUUUACCUGAUAACUUACUGUCAUAUUUGUGUUCAUUGUGAUUUCUGGCCUUGUUUAGCUCAUUGUGUCAGAUGACAGUUUAAUGAAUCAGUAUGUUGUCUGCUAUUUUUGGAUGGAGAGAAAUGUCUGAUUUUUCAAGAUGCAUCAAAUCAUGAGAACUAUAAAGAAUAAAAAGUAUUUUUUCCUUCCUUCUUAUUCAACUUCA